AUGGAGAAGAGUGGGAACAUACAGCUGGAGAUUCCUGACUUCAGUAACUCUGUCCUGAGCCACCUGAAUCAGCUACGCAUGCAGGGUCGCCUGUGUGACAUCGUGGUCAACGUGCAGGGGCAAGCUUUCCGCGCUCACAAGGUGGUCCUGGCUGCCAGCUCGCCCUACUUCCGUGACCACAUGUCCUUGAACGAAAUGAGCACCGUUUCCAUUUCUGUCAUCAAGAACCCUUCUGUUUUUGAGCAGCUCCUUUCCUUUUGUUACACCGGUAGAAUAUGUCUGCAGCUGGCUGACAUCAUCAGUUACCUAACAGCUGCCAGUUUCUUGCAGAUGCAGCACAUCAUAGACAAAUGCACACAGAUUCUUGAGGGAAUUCAUUUCAAAAUUAACGUCGCAGAAGUGGAAGCAGAAUUGAGCCAGACCAGGACAAAGCAUCAGGAGAGACCACCGGAGUCUCACCGGGUGACACCAAAUCCCAACCGUUCUCUGAGCCCGCGUCACAACACCCCGAAGGGGAGUCGCCUCGGCCAGGUUAGCACGGUGCUGGACAUUCGGGAGCUCAGCCCGCCCGAGGAGUCCACCAGCCCGCAGAUAAUUGAGCAGAGUUCGGAUGUGGAAAGCAGGGAGCCCAUACUACGGAUUAACAGAGCGGGACAGUGGUACGUUGAGACGGGAAUGGGAGACCGCGGGGGACGGAAUGAUGACGACGUCCGGGUGCUGGGAGGAGUGCGCAUUAAAAUGGAGAAUCUGGAGGAGUGGCUCGGGGCAGAGCAUCAGCCGUCGGGAGAAGAUGGGAGCAGCGCUGAGGAGGUCACUGCUAUGGUGAUCGACACCACAGGCCACGGAUCGAUGGGCCAAGAGGCUUACGCGUUAGGGUCCUCCUGGGCCAAAGUGGUCAGGCCAACCAGCAGUGAGAUUGACAGAUUUAGCCCUUCUGGCAGCAUGGUUGCUGUGACUGAGCGGUACAGAUCAAAAAGCGAGUCUCCCAGGCGGAUGGAUGAGCCCAAGCAGCCCAGUUCCCAGGGGGAGGAAUCCGUCAUGCACGGAGUGAGCGGUUAUGUGGAAUAUCUGCGGGAGCAGGAGGUUUCAGAGCGCUGGUUCCGGUACAACCCACGGCUCACUUGUAUUUACUGCGCCAAAUCCUUCAACCAGAAAGGCAGCCUGGACCGGCACAUGCGCCUCCACAUGGGCAUCACGCCCUUUGUCUGCCGCAUGUGUGGGAAGAAGUACACCCGCAAGGAUCAGCUGGAGUAUCACAUCCGCAAGCACACAGGCAACAAGCCCUUUCAUUGCCACGUCUGUGGCAAAAGCUUCCCAUUCCAGGCCAUCCUCAACCAGCACUUUCGCAAGAACCACCCUGGCUGUAUGCCUCUGGAGGGGCCUCACAGCAUCUCCCCCGAGACCACCGUCACGUCUCGGGGGCAGGCAGAGGAAGAAUCUCCUCCGCAGGAGGAAGCUGUUGCUGUGGGGGAGACGGCACAGGGAUCUGUGUCCACGACUGGGCCAGAUUGA